CGAAACCCAAAAUCAACGGAUCCGAUCACUCCGACCGCUGUUUCGCCUUUGCUACGCCACUUCUUCUUCUUCUUCUCCGAUACUAAUCACAAAAUAUUUACAAAUACGGAUUUGGAAGAUUACGCCUUCGCAUCUCUCUCAUUCCACGUUUCUUCGGAGAAGAGAUAUCUGUCUGAAAAAGUUAUUGCCAGAAUUUUGGUUUUUCUCUCCCGCCCCUGCUUUCACUCUUUCGCUACGAGUAAGGGUGUCUUUUACGCAUGGAUGGAUUUAAGGGUAAAAGAACAUCCGGACAGAUUAUGCCUCGAAAAGCAAGUGGCCUUGUUCUGCAUGAGAAUAUGAAGAAGAAAGAUGAUAAAGGUGUCCCUAUCUGCAGCCGAAUCGGUUGCAGUUCCCGGUUAAGUUCUACCAAGGAAACCCCAAUUGAUCACAAACCAAAAUCUACCUUAUUUUCGUCUCGAUCUAUCUCAAACGGAAAGGAAACCGUAGGGAGUUCAUCUCGAAGUACGAGUGGAUUUGGUGGCUUGAAAAAGGCCUCCAAAGUUACCGGUAGGAGACAAAUAUCUUCUCUUUUGGACACAGAUUCUUUAGAGAGUAGCAGUGUUCAUGACGAGGCAGCCGUGACUGAGCGUGCCCUUCCACGUGGAAAGACCAAAGAAAGCACUAUCAAUGCUCAUUCUGAAAAUAGUGUCUUUAGAGAAGUUGUGACCGAAGCAGGAAGUUCAAGCAGAAGCAUACAGAAGAGACCUGAUCUGGUCACCCGAGAAGCAAGAGCUAGUGCGAACAAGAAUGGAUUGAGAGACUUGAGGUGCAAAACUGGCUCUGAUGUUCUUCCUUCCGUUUCAAACCUGACAAGAAACAGCAAUAUAUUUAGAAAGAAAAACUCUGAUGGAGAGAGCAGCUCUUCAAGCAGAGGGAAUAAGACGGAUAGAUCAGUGGUUGAGGUAAAGAAUCAGAGAUCCUCUCUUGGCAGUGGCAUCACCAUGUCUGAAUCUAGGAGGAACAGAAAUCUCCCAAGUGUUAGGGACAACAGUGUUGUUUCAAGUAGUACUAGGAGAUCAUCGUCUGGUUUUUGUGGUAGAACAGGGCGUUCUUCUGGAGCGGUUACAACUUCACAAGCGCCUCAGCGUGCAAAACGGGCUGAUCUCAAUCCUUCUAGAUCUGCUGAAGUUUCGCAUAGUCCUUCAAAUAGUUACAAUAGGCCAAUCAGUAGCAAUGGCAGAUUACGUAGCUUGAUGAUCCCUGGAAGCCCUUCAGAAGCCAGCCUUUCUCGCUCUUUGAUGAACCGUGAUGGUUUCAGACGUUAUAAUAUGAAUGGAGUUGCAGAGGUUUUGCUGGCUCUGGAAAGGAUUGAACAAGACGAAGAGCUUACAUACGAGCAAUUGGUUGUUUUAGAGACCAAUCUGUUAUUAAAUGGUGUAAGCAGCUUCCACGAUCAGCAUAGAGAUAUGAGGCUUGACAUUGAUAACAUGUCGUAUGAGGAGCUAUUAGCAUUGGAGGAAAAAAUGGGAACAGUGAGCACUGCUCUAAGCGAGGAAGCGCUGCUGAAAAGCCUGAAGUCAAGCAUUUACCGUCCAAUAGAUGAAUCCGGUGGCAUUUGCCUGAACAAAGAUGAUGAUGUCAAAUGCAGUAUUUGCCAGGAAGAGUAUGUUGAUGGAGAUGAAGUAGGGAAUUUGCCUUGCCAACAUAUGUACCACGUGAGCUGCGCACAACAGUGGCUUCGGAUGAAGAAUUGGUGUCCUAUCUGCAAAACCUCUGCUGAAUCUCAGCCACAGCCAUUUUCAUGUUGAUAGAAAAUACACUCACCAAAGGGCUUGUCUCUACUUCCACGAUCUUGCCAUCUCUUCUCUGUACAUAAUUUUUUUCUUUCUUUACUUAUACACAAUUGGCAAUUAAUGGAAAAUAAGACCAGGUGGACAAAUUCCUUCUUCCACCUGUUUACAGAUUUAACAUUAUAAUUGAAAAUUCAAACCAAU